AUGGCCAUAGACCUCAACCCCGACGACACCUCCCGGUUCGCCGACCUCGAAAUCCUCACCACAACCUACAAAACCGUCUCCAACCACCCCAUCACAACAGACAUCCUCAUCCCCAAACGCCUCCUCACAACCCCCUCCCCCACCCCCUCCCCGAUCCUCCUCCGCUACCACGGCGGCGGCUUCAUCGCCGCCUCCUCCCUCUUCCCGCCCUUCUUCCAACCCUGGCACUUCGCCCUCGCCGACCGCCACGCCGCCGUCAUCGUCUCCCCCAACUACCGCCUCGCCCCGGAGUCCACCAUCGACGACCUCCUCUCCGACGUCGAGGACCACUGGACCUGGCUCCAGACCGUGCUCCCCUCCUUCGUGGCCCAGCAGACCGCCGGCCGCGUCGCCGUCGACGUGGACCGCGUGCUCGCGGCGGGGGACAGCGCGGGCGGGUACCUGAGCCUCAUGGCCGGCCUCCGGCACGGGGAUAAGAUCCGCGCUUGCACGGCGGCGUACCCCUGCACCGACCUCAAAGACCCGCAUUUCACCGAGGGCGCGGGGGGUCCUACGCUGGGCGUCGGCCCGUUGCCGUAUAGUCUCGUGGAGGAGCACAUGAAGAAGGUCCGCGAGGGGACCCUUCCGGCGGUGAUUUCAGAGGACGCGAGGUUCGAGAGGGGCGGGUUGAUGUUCGCGCUGACGCACCACGGGAUCUCGAAGCAUUUGUUCCCGGCCGAGAAGCGGCACCUCUUCCCGUUCGAUAUGUUGGAUGACGGGGCGCGGUUCCCCCGCGGUGGGGUGUUUGUGUGGCAUGGCGAGGAGGAUAGUGUUGUGCCUGUGGUUGGUAGUAGGAGGUUGGAGGCGAAGGUGAAGGAGGUGGAUCCGGAGCUUGAUUUUCACUUGGCGGUUCGGCCUGGGGAGCAUGGGUUUGAUCAUGAGAGCAAGAUUGAUGAGGAGUGGAUGGCGGAAGGGUUGGAGAGGAUUGUCAAGUCUUGGUUGAAGUAG